AGGAGGCAUGCAUUUUUGAAGCAGUUCUUCGAAAUUAUAUGCUGUUUUAUUUUUUGAUAAAAAAAAAAAUACUCUUUUAUUUUUGUUAUUUUUUCUUCUCGCGAUUGAACGUAUUCAAGAGAGAGAGAGAGAAGUCGAGAACAGUAGCAGUAUAUGAUUUGAUUCGAUUCGCGAAUUCUGAAAUCAAAACGACGCCGUUUUGGUGAUGGUAGCUCAACAGCUCUGAACCCUUCGUCAUAGAGCGAAUCUGAUUUCGUUGUUCCAACAAUGGCGUCGUGGCUCAAAGUCGCUGAAGAUUUAUUUGAAGUUGUUGAUCGAAGAGCGAAGUUGGUUGCUGCUGACACAGCUGAAGAACAAUCUGAUUCUAAGUCUCCAGCUUCAAAUGGGCAAGGGUCUCAAGGCAAGAGGACACGAUCAAAACCUAAGGCUCAAAAGGGACUGUCCAGCCCAUCAACUAUAAUUAGUGACACUACUAAGGAGAAAAGUGGAUCUCCAGAAGCAACAUUGGAUGUAGCAAUUCCAAGCGACAAAGUUGAUCCUGUAGACAACAAUGAUGGGAGCGAUUCCAUUUCCACAAAUCAACCGAAGGAGCAGCAACCUACUGAUGCAACGUCGCCCAUAUUAGGAUCUUCAUUGGCAAAAAUGCUAGCUAGUGAUACCAGUAAACACGACACAGGUGAUGUGGAAGUCUUGGUAAACGAUGCUGACGUUGAUGUUACCACUACUGCAAAUAAUGAGCCUGUCAAAGAGAAUGCUUCAGAUAUUCAUGAAGUGGAUGCUUCUUCUUCUCCCAGAGGAAUUAAAGGCCCCAUCCACAAACCCACGAGUACUGGCCAAAUUACUAAGUCUGGAGAUUUAGACUCCAACCAAAAUAUGGAUCAAGAAAAAACUGAAUCUGUGACUGUGGCCGAUGAUGUAGCUCCAAAUAGUGAUAAUACACUUACAGAUUCUGAUAUAAAAGUUGAACCUAUCGUGAAUCAGAAGAGCCAAGAGGAUCAUAAAACUGACAUCUCCCCAAAGAAAGUACAGGAUCAACUUGAAGAGGCCCAAGGAUUGCUCAAAACAACAAAAUCUACUGGUCAGUCUAAAGAGGCAAGGUUGGCUCGGGUUUGUGCUGGACUAUCAUCCCGCCUUCAGGAAUACAAAUCCGAAAAUGCACAGUUAGAAGAACUUCUUACUGCAGAGAGAGAGCUGAGUAAAUCAUAUGAGGCUAAUAUAAAGCAGCUACACAAGGAUUUGUCUGAAAGUAAAAAGGAAGUUACAAGAGUGGAGUCAAAUAUGGCUGAGGCCUUGACAGCUAAAAAUGCUGAAAUUGAGGCAGUUUUAAGUUCUGUGGAAGCAAUUAAGAGACAGGCUGCGUUAUCAGAAGGAAAUCUAGCUUCCCUGCAGGCAAACAUGGAGUCUAUGAUGAGAAAUCGGGAACUAACAGAGACAAGGAUGAUGCAGGCUCUAAGAGAGGAGUUAGCAUCUGUUGAGCGGAGAGCAGAAGAGGAGCGCGCUGCACAUAAUGCUACCAAGAUGGCUGCUAUGGAAAGAGAAGUAGAAUUGGAGCAUAGAGCAGUUGAGUCAUCUACAGCCCUUGCGAGAAUACAGAGAAUAGCAGAUGAAAGGACAUCAAAGGUCACAGAACUUGAGCAGAAGGUGGCACUUCUUGAGGUUGAGUGCUCAUCUUUAAAUCAAGAGCUGCAAGAUAUGGAAGCCCGUUUGCGCCGGGAACAAAAAAAAUCACCAGAAGAGGCCAAUCAAAUAAUUCAGGUUCAGGCAUGGCAGGAAGAAGUGGAGCGUGCACGUCAGGGUCAGAGGGAAGCUGAAAACAAGUUAUCUUCCUUGGAGGCUGAACUGCAAAAAAUUAGAGUUGAAAUGGCUGCCAUGAAGAGGGAUGCUGAGCAUUAUUCACGUCAGGAGCAUAUGGAGUUAGAGAAACGCUAUCGGGAACUGACUGAUCUUUUGUACUACAAACAAACACAAUUAGAAACCAUGGUCAGCGAAAAAGCUGCUACAGAGUUUCAAUUGGAGAAGGAAAUUAAGCGACUUCAAGAAGCACAGGCAGAGACUGAGAGAAAUAGAGUUUCUCGUCGAGCAUCAUCAGCUUGGGAAGAUGAGGCUGAAAUAAAAACCCUAGAGCCUCUUCCUUUGCAUCAACGUCACUUGGUUGGUGCAAGUAUUCAGUGGCAGAAAGCAAUUAAACUGCUAGAUUCAGGGGCUGUCAGAGCCACAAGAUUUCUCUGGCGUUAUCCAACAGCUCGAGUUAUUCUAUUUUUCUACUUGGUGUUUGUACAUCUCUUCUUAAUGUAUCUCUUGCAUCGCCUUCAGGUACAAACAGACAGUAUGGCUGCUAGAGAAGUUGCAGAAUCUAUGGGACUUUCUAACCAGAAUUUACCAUGAAUUAUCUAAAUAUUUCAUUAAAGACUUUUCUGACCACAUAUUUUCAAGUGUACAUUUUAAAAGCAGCUGGUUUGGGUGGCGAGAUAACAGUUCGGCGAAUACUCAAGUUUGCGAACCGAAAUAGGAACUGAACAAGUAUCUAAUGUCUUGAGGUGAAUCUCAGAGAAAUUGUUGCGUGCUGGAGUUAGGACAAUUAGAAUUCGUUAAUGUAAAUGAUUAUUAAAUGGAUGGAAGCAUCUCUAUCUCGAUAUUCCCGCGAACAGUAUUGUUUAAUCAUGUUUGUUCAGUCCCUUUUUUCUUCUGCUGAAAAUUGUAUUUUGAGGAAAUAACAAUAUUGUAGAUACAAAUUUAUUUUGUUUUUUCAUUUUUUGGUAUUUACCAAACUUGAAAGAAGAAACAUUACCUACUUUAUAACUUGUUAGCCUGAGAA